AGGAGACGGACGACAAACCACCAAAGAAGAAAAGAGAAGGAGCUGAACUCGACACCACCGAAGAAGAAGCAGGAUCUUUAAUAUCUCAUUUCUCUGUUUAGUGUCUGUGGCGAUGGGGGGGGUGCGAGUGCUGGUCUACCUGUCCGUCUGUCUGUCCCUGCUGACCUCCCUGUGUCAGGGUCAAAGGUCGCCUGCCGCUCCGGCUGCAGCGGACGAGCCGACGCUCGGACUCACGACCAGAGAGCUG